AUGGCAGCUAUAUCCGGAAAAGCAGAGAAGACUUUUCAUAUACCAGUUAGCAUGAGAAAAAUGCAUCUCUACGCCUACAUGUCAAAUCAUGGGGAUGUGAGGAUUGAUACACAAGUCAUUCCAAGGAGAGAGAGUUUUAAGUACCUUAGGUCUGUGAUUCAGAGUGAUGGGGAGAUUGACGAGGAUGUCACACAUUGUAUCGGAGCAGGAUGGAUGAAGUGGAGGCUCGCUUCUGGUGUCUUGUACGAUAAGAAUAUGCCGUUGAGACUUAAAGAGAAGUUCUACAAGGUAGUGGUUGGACCAACUAUGUUGUAUGGGGUAGAGUUCUGGCCAGUUAAGAACUCUCAUGUCUAG